UAUUGAAAAGUGCGAAAGAGAAGAGAACGUCGAAGAGAUGCAGCCGGCGACCGGUCCGCGUUCUCCGAACCGUUCUUCGUGCCACGAGCGCGACAGGGAGCACGAGAGGGAACGCGAGCAGGAGCGGGAUCGCGAGCGAGAACGCGGUGGAAGACAGACCCGGACGAGUCCCGAAGACGAUCGAGAAGAUCGCGAUGAGCGAGGUUCGAUCGCAAGACAGAAUCUCGGUCCGCCUGCCGCGAUCUCGGGUAAUCAAGGACUGCCGCUGUCAUUGUCGCUGGAGGACCGGGAACUAUGGACGAGAUUUCAGUGCAUUACGAAUGAGAUGAUUGUCACGAAAAACGGAAGGAGGAUGUUUCCGGUGGUGAAGGUCGUUGCACGUGGUUUGGAACCAGCGGCCAUGUACACGCUGUUGCUGGAAUUCGUGCAAGUCGAUCCACACAGGUGGAAGUACGUGAAUGGAGAAUGGGUGCCAGGUGGAAAAGCCGAAGUGGCCCCGCCGAAUCCGAUUUACAUACAUCCGGAAAGUCCGAACUUCGGAGCACAUUGGAUGAAGGAAGCGGUGUCGUUCGCCAAAGUCAAGUUAACAAACAAAUCGAACGGUAACGGACAGAUCAUGCUGAACUCGUUGCACAAAUACGAGCCGCGUGUUCACUUGGUGCGAGUGGGCGCCGAAGAACAGAGAACAGUUCUCACGUAUCGUUUCCCUGAAACGCAAUUUAUCGCGGUGACUGCCUAUCAGAACGAGGAAGUCACGAGCCUGAAGAUCAAGUACAAUCCGUUCGCAAAAGCGUUUCUCGACAGCAAAGAAAGACCCACCGAUUCGCAAACUUAUCCGCAAUACGCAGGCGCAUUGUUUCUACCACAACCUACAAUGGGAUAUGAAUACAAUACCGCAUCGGCGAUCGCCGCCGCGCAGAAUCAAGUGUCAGCUUGUGUUAGCAAUCAUUUUUCAAAUUCGUGCACCGUUACCACCUCUGGACACAGAAGUACCUGCAGAACUGCGCCCUACACCUUGAGACACAAAUACGCCCAAGAUGAACAACAUGCGGAUGCGUACACGAUGCCGCUUUUACAUUCCACCGCUUAUGUGACAGCUCCAGCUUGGUCACCGCGCAGUCCAGACUCGUUGCAGAAUCUCAAUUCCGCCUGCUUACCAUCAGCUGCAUCGCAAGAGUGGCCAUCGUCGCCCUCGGCGUCGCCGACCUCGUCAGCACACACGGUUUUCGGUAGAACAGUUGUAGGCACAGUUUCCAGCACAACUGCUGUAACUGGUUGCACUCUAUACGUGCCUUCAAACUUAUCGUCCCAAGAACAGCACGGUGGACACGGUACCGAUCCAUCUUGGAUCCAUUCCACCGCGUUAGACCAGCAACAGCAGCAGCAGCAACAAUCAUAUCUAAAUUUGAAUCUCCAUCUACAUCACCAGAUGUCUUCGGUUCCGUACAAUUCCAUUCCGCAUCACGGUUUGCAUCCGCAAAGCGGAGAUCCUGUUGCUUCGGACGCAAAUGAAUAUGUCCCGGAAUAUCAUCAUGCUUCGCAGUCCACAACUUCCGAUCAGCAUCGACAUCACCCUCAAACGCAGAUGUUACACUUGCAGACGUUACCGCAGACAGAAACUUCUUCGCCGGUUAGUGUAGAGUACGAUAGUCCACCGAAGGAACAUCCUCACAUUCAAAUGGGUUAUCCGGAGCAAACCGCGGACGCUUUAAACGAGGUUCAGCCGGAUGAUGACAGAAGAUACUUAACAACGGUUGUCGAUCGCCAUCCUCAUCACCAGCACCAUCAUCAUCACACUCACCAUCGACAGGAAACAGAGAUCGCUGGCGAACAAACUACUUGGACGCCAUUGACACCACCACCCGCACCACAAACUACCGCCAUUUGACUCGAACUUGUUGUACGGAGAAAUUUUGCAUUAUUACAAGCGAAGACAUAUCUUCGAGCUUAUGCGUCGUGAAUAAGAUUGUUGCGAUUGCUGUAACGAUGUCGAGUUUUAUAUAUAAAUAAUUCCAUCGACACUAAGAAUAUAUUUAGUGCAGUGAAUAUAAGUCAAGGGAAAAAUCGCGUGCAAAACAGAUAAAUAUAUGCAAUUCUACCACUCCGUCCUAAAUACUGUAGUAUUUCAAUUAUUUUUAAUCAAUUGCCAAAAUAUUGUUAAUAUUAUAU